AUAAAAGAGAAGGAACGUACACCUAGAUAAAGGCUAAAGCAUAAGCUGUCAUUGCUUCAUGCUUCCCUCCUUUCUUUUAAAACCCCCCACACCAUUAAUCGAUCUAAGGGAGAAAAUAGAAUGAAAGGAAGAGAAGGCAAAGCAUCAGCACCCUCUACUGAUCUAUUAGUAUGUUUCCCAUCUCGGGCUCAUCUUACGCUAAUGCCCAAGGCCAUUUGCAGCCCAGCCAGGCCCACGGAGCCCAACAAGCGCCACCACCAUCGUAAGAAAUCCUUCUCCCGAGGAGGCGGAGGCGCCGGCCAAGCCAGCCCUCUUCUAUGGGCCAAAACCAAGUCAAUGGGCUCCGAAAUAACGGAACCGACCUCCCCGAAAGUGACGUGCGCGGGACAAAUCAAGGUCCGGCCCAAAAGCGGCACGUGCAGGAGCUGGCAGUCGGUGAUGGAAGAGAUAGAGAAAAUCCACACCGAUAAGAAACAGAGGAAGCGUCUCAACUGGGCGGAGACGCUGGGUUUCAAGAAGGAGGUAAUGCAGUUCUUGACAUGCUUACGAAGCAUAAGGUUUGACCUGCGAUGCUUCGGCUCCUUCGCCACGGAAGAAGACGAGGACGAGGAGGAAGUGGAAGUGGAAGAAGAGGAGAAUCAUGUGGACGAGGCAUCCAGAACGGUUUUCUCCAAAUGGUUCAUGGUGUUGCAAGAGGACCAAGGCAACGGCGUCGGGAGAGAGGAGAGAGAGGAGAGGGAGGAGGAGGAGAGUGUGCCUCCUCCCAACGCCUUGUUGCUGAUGCGGUGUAGGUCUGCUCCGGCCAAAAGUUGGGUGAGAGAGGAGAGUGAAGAGAGAGAGAUAGAGAAAGUAAAAGAAAAAGAAAAAGAAAAAGAAAAAGGGGAGGUGGCGGAAAAGAAGGGACAGAGUUUAAAGUCGUUGAUGGAGGAAGAGAAGAAUGUGGUGGUCAUGCGCUACGACUCUGAUUUUUACGACAUUUCCUCUGAUGUUGCAAAAGAGACGUGGAUUGUUGGCGGAAUCAGAGAUCUCAUGUCCAGGACUCGAAGUUGUAAAAGAUGAUCGUCCUUUACUACUUUUUAUUCCGAGUUUCAAAUACUUUGGUGUGACAACUGGGGAAUCUAUUAUGUUAAAAUCCCCGUGUUAGCUUCUGCUUUUCUUUUACUAUAACUUCCUUAAUCUGUACAGUACAGCUUAAUUUCUGAUUUCUUUGAAUAACUUCCCGCUCAAAUAUUUUGCUCA